UUCCUCAGGUCAUUUAGGGUUUCGUAUACAUCAACUGGUCCGUGGGCUUGGUUGAUUCCUUGGGCUUCGGGUGCACCAGAUCGCCCAGGAAUUGCAUCGCCGGAUUGCCACUGCCAAGUUUCCCAUCUUCCCCUUCUUUCUUCAGGUUGUUGAUGUGCGCGAUCGCUUCAUCCAGUGCCCUGCAAUCCUCUUCUUCAGAACAAGUUGACGUAACCCAAUGUCGAAAGUGUGGAGAGCAGCACGUGCUGCUUAUUUGCAGCGAGCCCAGCGAAGUUCUGCUCAAAUAGUUAACAGUGGAGAAUAUUCACCUGGAGUGCCAAAGUCCUCAUCGUCAACGACGCGCAGGCUCGGAUGUGUUACACCCAGCCAGGAUAGAGUUGGCUACAGUUGGUGUGUCCCAGAGCAAAGUAGCUCCCGAUCGUUCUCUACGCAAGUUGAGUCAUAUUCGGGAGUUGAGGAAGGAAAAUCUGAGGACGUUCCCAACGCUGAGAAUGAGGCGGAUGACAAUGCAGAUGGGCUUGAUCUUGAAAAAAAUGUAGAAGGUGCGCUUGAAGGUUUUGCAUCUGAUAUAAAAGUUUUGGAUGAAGAAAAAUACAAAAGCCAACAAGCUUUGUGGAAAAAAAUUGAGAGUACGAAACAAGGCCCACAAAAGUCGGUUGUACCCCUUAUUAAGGAGUGGCUUAACGAGGGAUAUGCACUUGAUAAGCGAGUUCUGGUUUCUAUAUUGAUACGUCUUAGACGCAGACAGCGAUACAAACAAGCUAUGGAGAUAUCCGAUUGGAUGUCAGAAGAGAAGAACAUCAAGUGGGAGAUGGCAGACAACAUUGUCCGAAUCGAUCUCAAGGCUAAAAUGAAACAGUUCGCUGUUGCGGAGCAGCUGCUGGAAGAUUCUCCUCCCGAAUUCAAGACAGAGCUUGCUUACCACACUCUUUUAAGGAAUUAUGCGGAUUAUCAAAUGGCACAGAAAGCUGAUGCUUUGUUGGAGAAGCUGAAGGGUACAGGCAUUCUCACUCUGCCAUUUGCUUUUAACCAGAUGAUGCUUUUAUACAAGCGGAAGGGGAUGAUGAACAAAGUAACAGAGAUAUUGGCGGAUAUGAAGACACAUGGUGUUCCAAAGGAUGUAUACACCUACAAUAUUUUGAUGGAUGUGAAAGCUAGGAGUGGUGAUAUUGAAGGAAUGGAGAAAAUAUUCGAGGAGUUGAGUGCUGAUGAGAAUGUGAAGGCAGAUGCAGCAACAUUUGGCACCCUGGCGACUUUCUGUGUUCAUGCUGGCUUACUAGAUAAAGCCAGGAGUUAUCUAAAGGAGAUGGAAGAAGGUGAUGUCUUCAGGAAUCGCUCUGCAUAUGAUAUUCUUAUUUCACAGUAUGGUGCUGUUGGUGACCAGGAGGGUGUUGAACGGGUUUGGGAGAAAGUAAAGAGCGGCCCUGUUGUUUCGAACAGGAGUUACAUAACAGUUAUUGAAGCAUUUGGAAAGCUGGGUAUGGUGGAGAAGGCAGAGGAAUUAUAUGGAAUUAUGAGCAAGUCAAAGGGUUUGAUCCUUAGUCGUCAGUUCAAUUCUUUAUUGAGUGCGUAUGCGAGACAGGGUUUGAUGGAAAAGGCUGAAAAGCUUGUGGAGGACAUGGUGAAAUUGGGCCGAAAGAAGAAUGCCGUCACGUAUCAUCACCUAGUGACUGGGUAUUUGAAGACGGAUCAGCUUGACAAGGCGUUGGCAGUAAUGAAAGAGGCACAAGGUGACUCUAAACAGGGUCGAAGCAGAUUGUGGGUUGAAACUUUGAUUUCUGUUUUGGAUGCAUAUGCUGAGAGAGGGGACGUAAUCAGUGCUGAGAAACAGUUCCAAGAUAUCAAGAAAGCCUACCCAAGACCUAACAUUCAGGUUUACAAUAUAUUGUUAAAGGCAUACAUCAAAAGCCGUGUGCCAGCUCUUGGCUUCUUGCAGCGCAUGUUAGCUGACAAACUCGUUCCCAAUGAAGAAACGCUUAAUUUAUUACGGCAACAAACAGGACAACGAGAGGAAAUACCUGAGACUCUGGCUCAACCUGAAAUCGCUUCUUAACUCUACUUCAGACAUCCUCCAUCCUGCUUAGUCCCCUUGUUCGACUUAAGAGGCAGGGCGUGUGCCAAUUUCAUCAGGACUAAAUGACCAAGCCUAGUUCCUGGAGACACGAAGCUUUUUCUGGUUGCAUGGAAGAUAUCUCUUGCCCUAAUGUUCUAUGCAGUCCUUGAAUGAGAGAAACACCUGAUUGUGAGAUACCUCACAACCCAGACAUGCAGAGAGGAUUAUUUAGGAAUGUGCAUUAGGCUACAGUAAUUUAGGUUUGCAUAAUCAUAGAAUCACGCAAGCAUAUCACAUUGACACUGCCCCCUGCCUUAGGAACUUGUGGGUUUCCGCUUCAUUUCUUCCAGAAGUAAUAUACGCAGAAUACACACAAUGGUUAAUGCAUGUUUAGUUUCUGUAUUGAAGUCAUUGUAAUAAGCAAAUUUCAAUGACUUAGAGAUUGCUAUCACACUGAUGUGGACAUCAGAAAUUCUUACGAAGACUACCUCAUGGCCACUUAGUAUGAAUGUAGAACAGUGUUAACCAGUGUUAAUCAAGUGUGAAUGAGAAAGUC